UGAACGUGCGCCCCGUUCCGCUCCCGUUAGCGAUCAAACAAACCACUGGUACGCCCCCGCUGUGCCGGUAUUCAUCGAGUGCGAUUCCAUCCCUUGCUGAACUCGAAGAAUCAACCAUGCCGCACUGAGCAUCGUGUGGCCACAGGAUUCGUGCGCUUACGCUCGCCUCAAAUCCUACCGCUUCCGAAUCGACUAGCGAGAUGAAUGGCUGUCAUUGGGUUAUAAACGCGGACCCACGCGCUUGUUAUUCUCAACGCUCCCUUCCGCUUAUUGUGUCUAAAUCGAGCUUGGGAACCGUCCGAAAGGAUCUCUUAAGCUCUCAGGCGUCCACCACAACUUCGGUAUGCGACGAUUGCUUCAACCUCGCCGAUUCCAUCUCUUGGCUUGACUAUUUUGAGUUUAAAGUUUGUCAAAAGACAUUGUUGAGCUGUGCCAGCUCGAUCCUGUAUAGAGCCGCACAUCUGGCGUUGUAUGAGGUCGAGUAUCGACGUUACCGUCUUGUCUCAAAACGGCAGUCUAAGCGCCCAUGUUUGUGCGGAUAUCCACCUAUAUGUGCAUGCGUCUAUCUGAGACGAACCGAAAUUGACAACAACACCAACGCAACGAAGCGCCGACAAUUUGGAACCUACAUGACGAAAUUUUGCGCAAGACAACUGUCCAUCGUCCUGCUGCCUGCAUGCUGCAAGAGCGAUUUAUGGUCGUCAGCUUCUCGACCUCAGAACUCAGUAGGAAGAACUAGGAUCUCGUUGCGUCACAUGCUGACGGAAAAGGCUCCGGCCAAUCACACUGAUGCAAUGACAGAUCUUUUCAGGCUUGACUAGAGCGAAAGAAGUCCUUCCGGCAAACGCAGAUCUAAGAUUGAUAAUCUUGGUUAUUCUUGGUUAUACUGAGUGGCAUUCAUCGACACCUGCAACACUUGGCCAAAACCCACCAGUUUCGCAACUCCAAACGGAAUUCCGAACUUCAGAAUCCCGACUUCGAACCACA